CAUUGGGGGUAAGACCGGGACUUGACCAGGGUUGAUUUCCUCGAAAUACAUAAAGUAUAUCAGUGUGUGUGUCGCCCGUGUCCUCGUUUAUUAACAACACGAACGGAAUAUGGACACGGGAGACAUCGCUUACAUCGUACCCACGAGCGUAAGAUGGCGUUAGUGUUACGAAAAUUCACUCACUAACAAACCAACACAGAUACAUACAUACAGGCGGAUACUUGGUAGAGUAGGACCAGCAUAUAGACACCCUGAGAAAACGGGACUACUGUCUCUUUACCCAUUAUAUAUAUCGUACCACGGGAAUAAUAUUUUAUUAUUCCCAUUUUUUAAACAAAAUACCUCCAUCUUACGGGAAAAUUUUUUGUCUCAUAGGAAGCCCAAUGUGGGUUAAAGUGAGAUGGCAUCCAGGGAAAAGAAACCCUUAGCGUCUUCAAAAAGUAAGCAGUCGAAGACUAACAAUGAUGCCAGUUUGUCAUCCUCACCUAGCAGAUCUAAUAAAAAUAAAUCACUGCCAUCGCAAUUAUUUGAAACGGUAACGCCAGAUCGUAAUAAUAAAUCAGCGAUUGUAUUGAGUUCAACGUUAUACCGAUUUCGGAGAGGACCGAUAUCGGUAAGAAAAUCCACUGGAUCUAUCGAUAGGCGUAUAUCUAGACUUAGAAGUGUGCCUUCAUUGAUUGAUAAUAAAUCAUCAAUAACAACAUCGACUACUACCACCACAGAUAAUAUUGGAUUGGAUACAUCGUUGUAUCCUGGUAGAAGACCAAAAGUAUCUGCGAGAAAAUCUUGUGGAGCUACUGAAAAUUAUAUAUCUAGACUUAGAAGUGUGCCUUCAUUGAAUGAUAAUAAAUCGUCGACAAAUAUUGUAUUGAGUAAUUUAAAACCCAAAGAUAAUAAUAAAGAGCAGAGUAUUGAAGUUGAUGGUUCAUUGAUUGAUAAAAAUUCUGACAGUACUUCUUGUUCUUCUACGAGUUCGACAAUUACGUCCCAGAGCAAUAGUCCAAAGUCGAAUAAAAAAUUGAAAACAGUAUCACCAGAGUCGCAAUUAAAGAGUGCCAAAGUAACAAAUAAAUUAUCAGAACGCAAGAAAUCCGUAGGCAAAGAAAGCCUUGAGGAUUUAAAGUACCUGAAGACUAGAAAAUCGAGUCCUGCUGUCGUUACAACAGCCAGUGAAGUUAAAAAUUCUGGAAAAUUAAAAAAUUCAAUAGACUCAACCAUUGACGAAGUUGUGGCAAUGGUCAGUGAUACUGAGACUGAGGAGUUAGCCCCGGUCGAUCCGGAUAAUAAACUCGAGGGUAAAAUUACGCGUAGUAAGAAAAUGUUGAUUGAAGAGUGUGAUAUUAAGAAAGAACUAGUAGAACCUGAGGAAGAGAUUAAGUCUGAUGACGAGGGCGCGGAAACUCUGUUAAAAGCUAACCAAUCGUCGAGACGAAGAAUGAGUCAACGUAGUCUGAGAAAUGGUAAACUUAGACAGCUGGAUUCCACGGAGGAGAAAAAAGCUCGUCGCCAUGCGGACGAUGAAACAGAUAAUGCUGAUGACGAGCCGAACAAUGUCGAGUCAGGACAGAGUGAAGCUACUGAGAAUGAGAGAGAUGCUGAGACCGAGAAUAAUAAUAAUAGUGAACAAGUUGAUCGCAGUGUUGACGGAGAAGCUGGUGGGCCUAAUUUAAGGUCUAAAGCUAAAGCAAAGAGUACUGAUACGCCAAUAACUGGUGAGGAUAUUUCCAUGAUUGAUAGUAAGACGACUACAACUACGACAAAUCCUGUUGAAGAACCAAUUAAAAAAUUAUCGGGCUUCGAUUUACUGAAAAAAGAUAAUUGUUUAUUAGGGAAGAUAACGAUUGGUGAUAAACAGUCGCUUAAAGCAAGACGCAGCAGCCUUAAUAUUGAUGUUAAAAAAACAAUGGGCCCAUUAUAUGGAAGUGAAAAAAUAGACGGUGUUGUCCCUAAAUCGGAAAUAGAUAAAAUGAUUGAAGAUAUUAAAUUAAAUAUUGCUAAAUCUAUAGAAAGUAAAAUUGGGAGUGACUUUUUAUCUCUUGAUAAAUCAUUAGGAAUUACCAAGAAUUUUGAUACUCCAAAGAUUGAAGAGGUAGUUGCACCGUUUAAUACAAGUAUGCAGAAAAUAGGUGUGCUUAAUAAAAUUACUAAUGACAAUGAAGAAACAAAAGCAGAUGGAUUGAAAAUACAGACAGCGACUAACAGUAGUACUACUAAUAAUAAUAAUAAUAGUAAUUCUGUACCCAAGGUAGCGGACACUGCCAAAGAGAUUGAGAAGCUAGUCAUGGGUGACAACAUAGAGGAUAAUCAACACAUUUCUGAAUCUGCUGAGACAUCUAAAAAUAAAGAUGCUAAUGAUGAAACAGCACUUAUCAAAAGUGAUAGUACUAAAAAAUCGCAUAAUGAGCCUGAUCAAAGUCAAAGCUCUUCCCAGUCUAGUGAAAGUUUGCUGAUAACAGCAACAACUGCAGUUGUAGUAGAAGAAGUACAAGAAGCAGUAAAACGAGAAGAUGAGGAAGAAGAUCAAAAUCAAGAAAAAGAAAAAGAAAAGGAAGAAGAAGAAGUAAAAAAAACUGUGUGUAGUAAUGAUGAAAAAGUUUCUGGAGAAGAAUUGAACGUAGAAAAAAUUACGGUAAAACCUUGUGACUCAAUGACUAAAGAGACUGAAGAAGAAACACUAGAAACUAUUUCAAUGGAAGUUGAAAGGCUUGUUACUGAGCCCUUGCCAAGUAAUUUGGACAAUACUCAGAGUAAUGAGAGUGAGGAAGAUAAAAAUUUGGAGAUGGAUGUUGAGUUGCCGGAAAAUAUUGUCGAGGCUGCAGAAAAUAAUGAGCAAGUUGUGAAAAUAAAGGAUGUUGUGGAAAGUAACGAUCAAACAAAUUUAGACAGUGAAGUAAUCGAAAAUGUAAGUCUUGAAGAAAGUGCGAUGGAAAUAGUAGAAGAAUCUAUUGUUAAUGAGGAAGAAAUUGAAGAUGAUAUUAAAUUAACAACGGAAAUUGACGACAAUGAUUAUGAAGUCAUAGAAAAGGUCGGCGAUAAAGUUACUGAAGUCAACCAAGAAGUAAAGAAUGAAGAAAAGCAAAAAUCAGUCUCCCCAGAACCAAGCUCGAUUUCUCAAGAAGAAAAUACGAACAAAACUUCGGAAAAAGCAGCAGCAUCAGAAAUUGGAAAUGAAGUCAAAUCACGAGAAGAAAAGUCUAGUGAUAUCAAUAAAUCCGGUGUUGAAGAAGGAAGGCGUGUUCUGAGAGCAAGGGAUAAAUUGAGGAAAUCUGAGAGAGCUUUGAAAGCUGCGGAAGCCAGUGGUGAAGCUAAAUCGGAUGAUUUGAAAACAAAUAAAGCUAGUACAAAUGAGACAGGUGAAUCGACUGGGAUGAAAUCGAAAGACGAAACCGAGACUGCGGUUGUUGUGAAGAUUGAAGAACCAGAACCGAUAACUCGUGGUAGAAGAAGUCGAGAGGUUAAAAAACGAAAGGAGCUUGAAACAUCGCCCCAGAGUUUGAAGAGCAAGCGAAGUCGACGGGAUAAUAAAAAAUUAGAACAACAAAAAGAAGAAACUUUAUUGGACAACGAAGUCGCAACUAUAAAUGAAAAUAAACGAUCGUUGUCUGUUGAUAAAUUGUCGAAAAGAAUAGAAGGUACUAAAAGCUUACGUGUUUUCUCGCCGUCUGAAAGUGCACGUGAUAAGAAUAACGACAAUCGCAGUAAAUCUGAAAACGAUAUUGAGACUUCUAAGGUCGGUAAAACUGAAAGAUUAUCAAGAGGCAGAUGUGAUAGUAUUAAGCUAAAAGAAUCCUCAGUAAAUCCAGCUGGUGACCAAAUUGAAAUAAAAGAAGCUAAUCCGAAAGUUGAUGAUGAUGUUACAAAGAAAGAAUCUAGUAGCGAAGAUGCGGUACCUGUUAUUACCAUAACAGAAGUAUCUGACAAUGAAUCUAAAGCUACCAAGAUUCAAACCGAAAACGUUUUGAAAGACUCCGAUGAAGCUUCAACUUCCGGUGAGUCGACAAGUAGUGUUUCUUUUAAAAUUUUAGAAACCCCCGAAGACAAGGCGAGAAAAGAAUCAAUUCUGCGUUUGCUGGGUUUAGAGUCGAUGGAAAAAGCUGCUGAACGAUUGGAAAAAGCCAAGCGUGAGCAGUACACUGGCACAUUAAAAACUAUCAUUAGAGUCAGCAAGGACAAGGAUAAGGACAAAAAGCAGUCGAGGUCUCCCUUGAAGAUGGUACUCAAACAAGGACGCAACGACGGAGACGGAGGAGAUACAUCGGAGUUUUACACCAUUCAGAAGGAGCUGGGAACCAGUGGUUUGGGCGAUAGCAGCUCUGAUGAAGAACACGAGGAUAUAUCAGUUAAAACUCGACCACGUUUGAUAAUACCGGAGAAAUACUCGUCAUUUUCAAUUCACCCAGGAAGACCGUGUGCUGAUGUUUGUUGUUAUUGCUUUGGAAAAUUUGGUUCUUUAGAUACGCCGAUGCAUUUAGCACAAUUAAAAUCUGAUGAACGCCGAGAAAAAAUUUUAUCCGCUGAGGGCCAUCUUACUACAGACUCGUGUCUUUGUGACGCAUGUUAUCGGCAUGUUGACAGAAAAGCAAACAUGAGUCCAACCAAUACAAGCUCAAAACCCCAACGAGUACAUCGUCAGCUGCUGGUUUCAAAAUGUAACGUAAAAGAUUGUCGGAAUCCAGCUAGACACACUGUUAAACGUCGUUGGAUCCAAAAGAUAAAGCCAAGUAUACAAAAUCAGAUGAAAAUUGACGUCACAGUGGAACCAAAUCAACAUUCAUCAAUGUACUUUUGUGUUGAUCAUUACGCGUUGAUAGAGAAAUUUUUAAUAUGUGCCUUGUGUACUCGUCGCUUGACCAGAAAUCAAGCUUAUGCCGUAACUCCAUCGGAAACAAAUGAGUUGAAUCGCUUACUCGAACAACAAAGAGUACCAGUAUUAGUGACAUCCGGUACUUUUCUUUGCAAGCUCUGUCGAUAUUUCGUAAAUAUGCACUUUAAGUUUAAGGACGUUGAAAGUAUGAAAGCAAACAAUAAAGCGUAUUGCAAAAGUUAUCGGAAACGUCUGUUAGAAAUCCAUAAUAUAGAUGUAACAGAAGACGAAGACGACGAGUUGUCACAGCAAGGCCUCUCUAUGAAAGACAAGCGUAAAAAAUCCAAAAACAGUUUAAAUAAAAGUGGUAGUAGUGUUGGUAGUGGAGGUGGCGGUAACAGUGCUAGUGGGACUGGCGGUCCAUCGAAGUUUUCAGUAGAUAAUUCGGAUAAAUCGACAUCUGAAAAAUCAACACCUGAACCCGUCAAAUCAAAUCCUCCUGCAACAUCACAAAUAGAUGAUACUGUUAAUCGAGAUUCGGAUGAACAACAUCCUAAGGCUAGUGUUACUGACGAUGACACAACGACUGAAACCCAAAUUCUUGAUUUAGAGAGCGCUGUUGAAAAACUGAAGAAACGUAAAGCGUUAGAUCAACAUUUAUAUUCAACAACAUCACCAGUAUUUAAUAAUAAUAAUAAUAAUAAUAAUAAUAAUAAUAACCAUAAUACUAAUAGUAAUAAUAACAAUAAUAAUGACAAUAGCAAUGAUGUUGUUGAAAUACUAGCGAUGGACAAAGAAGUUACCUUAACGCGAUUGCCAAAGCGACCAAAACUUAAUAAUGAUAUAACUCCGGUUGUUCAAAGACUCGGUGCAAAUCCAUCAAUAAGUGUAAGAACAUUGUUCCCUGGUGAAGAGGAAAUGGGUUUACAUGCAAAUGUUGAAUUUUCAAAUGUACGUGAGGUAACACCGCAAGGGUGGGAGAAAUGUGCUACCAUUAUACAGUAUGAUCGUGAUACAAAGCUUCUUUGGCAAGAGCUUCAAAGGCCAUACGGGAAUCAAAGCUCGUUUCUGCGUCACUUGAUACUACUAGAGAAAUAUUAUCGUUCUGGUGAUCUCGUACUUGCACCAAAUGCUUCACGUAAUGCCAUUAAUUAUUCAACAUCUGUGCAAAAUCGUUUGAUAUCAUACGAGGGCCCGGAAAAAGUUGAUGAGCCGAUAACAGAUCCGUUGCCAAAUGAAUUUAGUAAUUCAAGGCGUUUGAGUGGUGGUUAUUUAUUGGAGAGAGACAGACUAGCUACUAGUACUCCCAGUACAAGUUCUUUGAUAACUACACCUCCGAUAACUACUGCAACGCCUGAUAAGUUAAGUUUAAGUCAAUUAUUACAGCAACAGCAGCAGCAAAAGCAACAAACACAAUCAUCACAGCAGCUCAAUACCAAAUCAAAUCCACCGAGAAUUCUUAAAAUAAAUACUGGUGUCUCCAUUAUUAAAAAGCCUCCUCCGAGUCUUCAGCGACUGAAUUUACCCUCGAGUAGUGGUAGCAACAGUAGUAAUAGCAGUGUUAUGACCAAUUCUACUGCUAAUGGUAGUGCCAAACGUAAAGACGCAUUUCCAAAUAAAAUAACUGGGAGUACAUCGGGUGGAAAAGUUAUUCAUAUGAGCGAGCCAGAUUUUAAGCGGCUGCAAUCGUUAAAGAAACAAAAAAUGUUAAGUGAAAAAAUGACUACAACUUCAUUUCCUUCGGCGACUUCAACAUCCACGUCAACGUCUUUAGCAUCAUUAACUAAUUCUCUGGCUGUGACGAAUGUUAAUGCGACAAAUGUACAGCAGCUAAAAUCAGCACAAAUAGUAGCGCGACAAAAUUUUCAAUUUCACGAGCAUAUAAGAAUGCAGCAAGAAAUGUUGAAUCGACAAAGUCGUGGUGACUUUGAGCCACUUAUUUGCGACGUUCGAUCACUUAUUAAUGAGAAUACACCUACGCAAAAUCUAAUAAACAAUUUAAAUUUACCAAAAUCGAUACAAGUUACAACAAAGCCACCUAGUAAUAAUCCGAUACCAAUAUUACCAAAAAUACCUAAAUCAUUGACGGUAAUACCGCAAACAAUUCAUCGUACUGUUGACAAGUGACACAAAAAUAUUAUUGUUAUUGAUCGAAAUAGUCAUAAUAUUAAAAAUAAUAAUAAUAAUAAUAAUAACAAGAGACGUUUUAAAGUAAAACGUAAAAUUAAAUGACUAAAAGUUUAAGUUUUUUAUUCUUUUAGUAAAUAAUAAUUAUAAUUAUCAUUAUUAUUAUGACGAAAAUAAUUACGACAAAUAUAAUAGCAUCGAUAAUAAUACGGGAAUUGUUAUUAUCGAUGUAAAUGUUAAAUAGACAAGCAAAAAAUAAUAAAUUGGUGAUUAAACUUUAAAAGAUAUGUAAGUAAACGUAAUUAUUUUUUUGGUAUAAAAUUUUAAUUCAUUAUGUGCUGAGUACACAUUUAAGAUAUUAUAAUAAAUAUAUUUAAAAAAAAAAGAAAUAUUUAAUUUUGUAUUUAAAAAUAAAAUGUUAAUGCACGUACACAUUUAACAACAUGUGACCAAGAGAUAAAGACGUAAUUGAUAAUUAUCUAAAAAACGACUGAGAAAACAAUGCGGCGUUAAAAUAUAUUAAUUAAAAAUUAUAUUAAAUAAAUGAUUUAUAUUUGACGUUUGAAUCAAUUCAAUACAAAAAAGUGCCUAAUUGUCAAUAUAUAUAUAUUUGAAUUUAAAAAAAUAUU